GAUGUGGUCAGACAUGAAGACACUGGAAAUCAGAACGUCCGAAAGAUACUGAUGCUAUCUAAAGAAAAAUAAUCGAUUUGUUGUUUCACAACAGGCUUCUCAAAAAGCGUUUUAGAGACGGUAAAAUCAGAGAAGUCGUGUAAGGGCGCCACCAAUUGCGGGAGAAAAGACGUUCGAGACCGUAACACUUAUUAUUGCAACAUUGCUCGCGCAGCGGCUAACAUGAUGUGAUUGUAAACCCCAUCUUGAUCUGGGGGGAGAGGGGGGACUAAAUGGACUAUCUGCAAUCACAUUAUGGACCAUCAUUUUUUUAAGGAUAUCUAGAAAUGUGCAUCAUGGAGAAUAAUAUGGACAGUUCGGAAGUCAGAAGGCAAAGGCAUAAGUGAAGAUGAGCUUCAAAGUAUCCAAAAGAUGGUUUUUAAGACUCCUCCCAGUUGUGCUAAUCUUCAUCUGUUACUACUGCUCUCAGUUCUACUUUGAAAGCUAUGGAGGCAGCAGGAAGUCCCCUCAGCCCACUGUUUCUCGAUGUGACAGUUAUCGCUCACAGAGAAAGUGGAAGAGUCUCAACUUUAACAUGAGCAGAAAAACAGAGCUCUUUCUAAAUCUAAAAGAUUUCUUCUGGAGGGAACAUCUGUCGACUCAAGCUCUGCCCUAUGGCAUUAAAGGCAGUGAGCUCCUGCUUUUGAAAACCUUGGCAGUGAUUCCCAGCUACACAAUGCCAGCAUAUAUUGAGAGCAGUUUAAAUUGCAGGACAUGUGCAGUCAUUGGAAACAGCUUUUCCAUUAAAAACACUUCACUGGGGGAGAUCAUUAACAAAUACGAUGUGGUGAUCAGGCUGAACGAUGCCCCUGUGAGAGGCUUUGAGGAGGAUGUGGGAAACAAGACAACUUUGCGUCUGUUUUAUCCCGAAUCAGCCUCUUUUAACCCGGGUAUUCAUAAUGACCCAGACACCCUGCUGGUCCUGGUUCCUUUCAAACAGGAGGACCUCCGCUGGCUCAAAGGGAUCCUAUAUGAUGAGAAGAGGGUCCAAAAGGGUUUCUGGAAACCUCCUCCUCAGAUCUGGCUCGGCAGGACCAGUCAGAUCCGUGUGCUGGACCCAUAUUUCCUUCGCUUAACAGCCAGCAAGCUUCUUGAAAUUCCCUUGCAACCAAGCAAGCAUCAGAAGCCGGUCCAUCCAACCACUGGUAUUCUGGCAGUGUUUAUGGCACUAAACUACUGUGACGUCAUCCACCUGGCUGGAUUCGGAUAUCCAGAGACCAGAGACCAGAAACAGCCUAUCCAUUACUAUGGACAAGACACAAUGAAAUCCAUGAAGAAUUCCUACCAUGAUCUCAACCAAGAGGCAGAAGUUCUUAAGAGACUGGAAAACCAGGGGGACAUUUUAUACCUUCAUCCUCAUUCUUGACAUUCACUUACAAGCAAAUGCUUAAAAAUACCACACUGCUUCUUAGUAUAUUGAAUUGAAUAUGUGUAAAUAUAGCUAUACAAACACAAAAUAUCUUCAACUUUGGACACCACAUAAGCAAUAGGCAUCUGCCCAUGCUUGCUUGAAUUGGACUGAACGUGUUCAGCUCUCUAAACACUGCUGUGUUAUUAGUUGCUUCUGUAAGAUUUCAGUUUUUCUGACCUCAGAUAUUUAUAAUUAUUAAUUAAUUGUCCUUUUGGAAAAUUGUAUUUUAAAUAUCACCACUGGAUAUUUUAAUUUUAAGUAUUUAAUUAAAAUGAAAUUCGAUGCAUUUUUUUUCUGUUUAAUUAACAUCAGCAACACCCACUGGAAACAAUCACAACUGAGAUCUCUUUAAUGUCUCCAUUGUUUUUCUAGACAACAACGAGAUUAAAUCAGAUCAAGUCUCCUGCAUUUCAUCUAAAAAUGUGUCUCCUCUUGAGUUUCAGAAGAGAUUAACAAUAUCUCAAACUGUUAUUUGCCAAGAUUCCAAAGACUGGAAUGUCAGAGAGUUCAAUUUGAACUCAAACAUUUAAUUUUAAUAAAUUCUUACAAGACUAAAUUAUUAGCCAUGAUUUUUCAAUCUCCUUGUCUUUAUUAUUUAAUCAGUGUGCCAAAGGUGUAUAAAAAGGCCCAAAAAAAGAUGAUAAACAUGCUAUCAUAUUACUCUCAUUAUUUCUACUAUAGUUAUAGAAAUAGUUAGAGAGCAUGGUAUGCCAUUGCAAACUCAGACUUUUUCUUUUGUGAUUCUGUAGUACCUUACACAUCCCGAAGAGGGCGAUUAAUCUACAUCACAUUGUAAGAAUGGUAUUAUAGGGAGAGUGAAACAAGCCUACGUAAUGAAGCGCAUUACAUGCACAUGAUGACCUUGUGUUCACUUGUGCCUUUAUGGUUAUUAUUUCGAUUGAAAAGGAGGGAGCUGCCUUUUCGUUUGAGUAAGUCAUUACAGUGCAUCACAGAGGAGGAACGUCUGGAGUUGUGUCAGACAUUAGGGAGGGUUUUUAAUGUGUCUGAA